GUCUAGUUUCUUUCUUUUAUUUUCCCCGAGUGUGUUCUGCUCCGCGUCUCUGUCCAUGUCUGUCGGUUUUUAUAGUUAGGGGUCUUCGGAAUAGGAAGUUCAACCAGUCCGUGAAUCGGUGUGGAAACUCUGUCGGUGUGAAAAUGAGGCUUCUUCGUGAAAGCGCGCUUGUUUUGUUCCUCUGCUUGUGGAUACCUGUUGAAUAUUCGUAUGGAGCUCUUGCACCAGAAGAUCAAGAUGGAUCAGGAGAUGACUAUGAGUUCUCUGCGUCAGGGUCAGGGUCAGGGGAUGAUGACUUCUUGAUCAUGCCUGUUGUGACAACCCAAGCAAGUCCUAACACCACGAAGACAGCAUGGUUCACAAAUGCCCCCGUUCAUCUUCCAGAACAUCCUGUUACCCAGUUUGUCUCCCCCCACACUGAGCCUAAAACAUCUGGCCAUGACACAGAAGCUCCUCCAUCAUCCACCACCCAGAUCACUGAGACUCAAACAUCUCCUAUCAUCAUCAAAUCUCUUGGCUCAGAGGAAGAUCAAAAAAGUGAGACCACAACAGUAAGCGCUGUGACGCAGCCAAAGACAACUCUGCCUCCAGCCGAGAAACUACCCGUGGUGCCCACGCAUAAAGAACAAUAUACAACCACUGCCCAUGAUGAGGAGGACACCAAAGAAUCAUUUGUAAUUGAAGAAGCUACCAGUAUAGUUGAAGCAGUGAGUGUGACAACUAAAGCACCUAAAAUGGAGACUACUCCAGCACUUAGGAGUACAUCAACAGCUAGUAAUUCAGCUGAUAUUGACGCUUCAGGUGAUUCUGUUGAAUCCACAACUAUGCAAGCCAUUGAAGAUAAUCUGAUUGAAAUCAUACCCAAGGAGCAUAUACCUAUCAACAGGAAUCCGAAUCCAACAAUGGGUAAUGGUGACUUUGGAUUCGACAAUGAAAUCCAGAAGCCGGGAACAAGAUCAGGACAACCUGGGUCCGAGUCUGAUUUUGCUCUAGGCAGUGCUUCUGACAACGAUAGCUUACUGGAAAGAAAAGAGGUCCUGGCAGGUGUCAUUGCAGGUGGCGUGGUGGGCUUGGCUUUUGCUAUCAUGCUUGUCACUCUCAUGGUCUACCGCAUGAAGAAAAAGGACGAGGGUAGUUAUUCACUAGACGAGCACAAACACCCUAAUGGAGGCUACCAGAAACCACAGAAGCAGGAAGAGUUUCUGGCAUAAAGACUCUUAUAUGUCUGGUUUCUGUCUCUUUAUUCUACGCUUGACUGUCACUUAAAACUUCCUAACUUGCCAGAUUCCACAUGCUUGGUGACCCUUUAUUUUAUUAUUUUUUUGAUUAUAUGCCCACGUUGGAUUUGCGACACAUUGGAUUUGUGGCUGAAUUGGUCGGUUGAUCUUCAAGAACAGUUUGCUUGGGUUAUUCCCCCCCCUUCCUUUUCUAAUGGAUUCUCACACUGUGGAUCGAGACUGUCCUCAUGAGCCCUAGUUAAGAGUGAGGGACUCGGGAGUCUGCCUUAUAAUUUUUUUUUUUUCGUUAUGGUUCUGCUUUCUGCCAGUGCUGGGAGACCACAGCAAACGUGGACCAGCUUCUUAAUUCCACAGUGCCUUAUUUCCUGUUCCAGGGAUCCUGUUCCUGCGUCCAGUAGCGAGAGAGCUCACCCUCCUCCAACUGUUUGUUACCUCGGUAACAGAUAGUUGCCAUAGGGACAGAAAACAUGGAUUGCACUUUUGACAUGCAAACAUUACAAUCCUGAAUUACAAUCACUGUUUGCUUGGAACUGAUUAUGUGUUUCUGCUUGGCCUGGGCUCUCUUACUUUCAUUUGUUGAAACUGUUAUGUUCCACAUUGGUUUAUCACUUGUGUGUUUGUGUGGAAGGAGAGUUGCCUCGAGUGGGAUUCCCUUCAAUUUCUUCUUUGUUUUGUGCUCCUUAGAUGGCGUGUCAGAACAAGCGAAACAGAAAUGGGUAUUUGGAAAUUUGUAUAAGAAAUUGUUGAUAAGACAUGACUGUCCUCUUGCGCAAUGUUGCUGUGUUUCCUAGGAAGCAAAAUUACUUGACAUUUUGUAUACCCUGAAUUCACAAAUACACUUAAAGUUUCUCAAAUAUUA